UACGCUUAGUUUCGGACUUUUAUUUUGGAAUUUGGUAAAACGUGCAUACCGUCUGUAAGUUAGUUCGCUGGAGGAGUUCUGAGUAGAGAGCAAAAGGUCAUACUACAUUUGAAGAAGCUAAAACUGAUCUGAGUGCUGCUGUGUCUGUCAGUCUGCUAGUGCAGGAGAAUGGCAGAAGCAAUGAAGACAGAAGACUGUUUCGCAGAACCUGGAGAUGUGGAGUGUGAUUUCUGCACCGGGAGAAAACGCAAAGCGAGAGAGUCCUGUCUAGUGUGUCUGGCCUCUUACUGUAAAACCCAUGUCAAAUCCCACUAUCAGUCACCCGCCUUUAAACGGCACAAGCUGGUCAAAGCCUCCACGGGACUACAAGAGAAGCUCUGUUCUAAACAUGAUAAACUGAUGGAGAUCUACUGUCGUACUGAUCAGACCUGCAUCUGCUAUCUGUGUAUGAUGGAUGAACACAAAACCCAUGACACAGCUGAUGCUGCGGCUGAAAGAACUGAGAAACAGGGUCAGCUGAAGAAGGUACUGAGGAAAUCUGAGCAGAGACUCCAGGAGAAAGAAAAGAAGCUGCAUGAGCUGAAGCGGAAUGUGAACACUGUAAAGCGCUCUGCACAGUCAGCAGUGGAGGACAGUGAGAGGAUCUUCACUGAGCUGAUCCGCUCCAUUGAGAAAAAGCGCUCUGAGGUAACAGAGCUGAUCAGAGAUCAGGAGAAGACUGAACUGAGUGCAGCUGAAGAACUCCUGGAGCAGCUGGAGCAGGAGAUCACUGAUCUAAAGAGGAGAAACACUGAGCUGGAGCAGCUUUCACACACAGAGGAUCACAUCCACUUCCUCCAGAUUUUCCAGUCUGUGUGUGUCCCUCCUGGGUAUAAGGACACGACCAGCACUACUGUCCAGCAUCUCUCGUUUGAUGAAGUUCGUAAAUCUCUCUCUGAUCUGAAAGUGCAAUUCAAGGAUUUCUGUGAGAAAGAAUUUUGUAAAGUUAAACUUCCUGAAAUACCAAAGUGUAAAGAAGACCAUGAAGAACCACAACUCAGCAGUGAGAGCGAGCGAUGUGGUCACAGUAAAAUUGUUGUAGCAGUUCAGAUGCCUUCACACCCAAAACCAAAAACCAGAGAGGACUUCCUACAGUAUUUCUUUCCGCUGACUUUGGAUCCCAGCACACUAUAUCAUAAGCUCAGUUUGUCUGAGGAGAACAAAAUGGUGACAUGGAGAGGAGGAGCACAGCGUUACCCUGAUCACCCGGAGAGAUUUGACCACUGGCCUCAGGUGUUGUGUAAGGAGGGGAUGAGCGGACGCUGCUAUUGGGAGGUUGAAUGGGACAACGGUGGAUGGGGAGUGUCCAUUUCAGUCUCGUAUAAAGACAUUUGCAGGAAAGGCGAUGGUGAUAAAUGUGCAUUUGGAGGAAACAGUAAGUCCUGGAGUCUGGAAUGUUCUUCCAUUCACUCCUUUUGGCACAACAACAUUGAAACUAAGAUCUCAGCUCCUCCAUCCUCCAGAAUAGGAGUGUAUGUGGAUCACAGUGCAGGAACUCUGUCCUUCUACGGCGUCUCUGAUACAAUGACCCUCCUACACACAGUCCACACCACAUUCACUCAGCCCCUCUACGCUGGAUUCUGGAUGAAGAGAGGAAUGUUGAAAUUAUGUGAUCCAAAUGUGUCUGAUUAGUAAGUUGUAGAAUUAAUUCCUUACAAGGUAACAAAAAAUAUUUAAAUUAAUUGCCAGUUUAUUCAAUAGAAUGUUCUAAACUAUUUCAACCAAGCUUUGUGCAAAGUUUUCACUAUCACUAAACUUGAUGCUGAUGCUUUUGUGGUAGUUACGUUAAAGAUUCACAAGGAUCUUUUGGCUUUGUGGGAAAUGUGCAUUAAAUGUUAUUAUUCAAUGUCUCAGAAUGUUGUAUUCUUGGACACCCACAACAAAGACAAUGGGAGAUGUGCUCUUUUGUAGAAAAUUGACUUGCUAAUACUGUAACAAUGUAACAAUUUGUUGUUCUACAGACCUUGGACCUUAAACCGUCUUAGUUUUAUUGUUGUUAAAUUGUUAAGUGUGUUUUAACAUGAUCUUUAUAUUGUUUUAAAAUUAACAAUGAAUAGGCCAUUAGAAAUUCUAAAAAGAAAAAAAUAUAUAUAUAUGGGGCAGCGGUGGCUCAGCUAUUAGAGCAUCACCACUGUUGGGCCAUUAAGCAAGGAUGGUUUAAAAGCAGAGGCUGAAUUCAAUCUGUCCCAAGCAUAAAUGUGCUUUAUACAUAGUAUGGUGUUCUUCUUAAAAUGCCACGUUUACAUUGACUUUAAUUGAAAGUUGGAGAAAGUUUUUGCAGCAGUGAUAUGCAUCCAAUUGGGGUUUUUUUUUCUAUUUUGUUAAUAUUGUUAUGUCAUAUUAUGCUGUCUCUAUAUUAUACAUUAAAAAUGUUAAUAUACA